GGGACAGGCUUGCCUGAGGGAGAGCUGUGCCGAGUUCAGUCCCACAGAGCCAUGGCAAGAGCUGUGGCUAAGGAAGGAGAGCCCAAUGGGACCACUGCAGCUCCUGAGGAGAUAAAGAAGGAAGAAAUGGAAGAGAGAGGCCAAUGGAGUAGCAAAAUGGAGUUUGUGCUGUCUGUGGCUGGGGAGAUCAUUGGUCUGGGGAACGUGUGGAGGUUCCCAUACCUCUGCUACAAGAAUGGUGGUGGAGCCUUCCUCAUCCCUUACCUCAUCUUCCUCUUCACCUGUGGGAUCCCUUUGUUCUUCCUGGAGACGGCGCUGGGGCAGUACACCAGCCAGGGAGGGGUCACUGCCUGGAGGAAGAUCUGUCCCAUCUUUGAAGGAAUUGGAUAUGCCUCACAAGUCAUUGGCUACUAUCUAAAUAUCUACUACAUUGUCAUCCUGUCCUGGGCACUCUUCUACCUCUUCAGCUCCUUCACUGCUGUGCUACCAUGGGCCAGCUGUGAUAACCCCUGGAACUCAGAUCUCUGUGUGGACAUUCUGAAGAGCUCCAGCCUGGACAACAGGACCCUGCCUGCGAACGCCACCUCCCCAAUGAUCGAGUUUUGGGAGAAGCGAGUGCUGGGGCUCACGGAUGGCAUUCACCGACUGGGCGCUGUGCGCUGGGAGCUGGCUCUGUGCCUCCUGCUGGCCUGGAUCAUCUGCUACUUCUGCAUCUGGAAAGGGGUCAAGUCCACAGGAAAAGUCGUUUACUUUACUGCCACCUUCCCCUACAUGAUGCUGCUGAUCCUGCUGGUGCGAGGAGUCACGCUGCCCAGCGCUGCCCAGGGCAUCAUCUUCUACCUCAAGCCCGACAUCUCCAGGCUGGCAGACCCACAGGUCUGGAUGGAUGCAGGCACUCAGAUCCUCUUUUCUUAUGCCAUCUGCCAGGGGUGUCUGACAGCUCUGGGCAGCUACAACAAAUACACCAACAACUGCUACAGGGACUGCAUCAUGCUCUGCUUCCUGAACAGUGCCACCAGCUUCGUUGCUGGCUUUGCCAUUUUCUCUGUGCUGGGCUUCAUGGCUGCAGAGCAGGGCGUGCCCAUUUCAGAAGUGGCCGAAUCAGGUCCUGGCCUGGCUUUCAUAGCAUAUCCAACAGCAGUCACAAUGAUGCCUGUAUCUCAGCUGUGGUCCUGCCUCUUCUUCCUCAUGCUGAUCUUCCUGGGACUGGACAGCCAGUUUGUCUGUGUGGAGAGCGUGGUGACCUCUCUGAUCGACAUGUUCCCGGGGGUGCUGCGGAGGAAGGGCCGGAGGGAGCUGCUGAUCCUGGCCAUUGCAGUCGUAUGCUACCUGCUGGGCCUGCUGCUGGUCACAGAGGGUGGGAUGUACAUCUUCCAGCUCUUUGACUACUACGCUGCCAGUGGCACUUGCCUGCUCUUCCUGUCCAUUUUUGAAGUCAUCUGCAUAGGAUGGGUAUAUGGUGCCAACCGCUUCUACGACAACAUAGAGGACAUGAUUGGCUUCCGGCCCUGGCCCCUGAUCAAGUUCUGCUGGCUGCUGCUCACCCCGGGGCUCUGCUUGGCUGUUUUCCUGUUCUCCCUGAUCAAGUACAAGCCAUUGAAGUACAACAAUUCCUACGUGUAUCCAGCCUGGGGCUACGUGGUGGGCUGGAUGAUGGCACUCUCCUCCAUGGUCUGCAUUCCUCUCUAUGCUAUCUUCAUCUUCCUCAAAACCAAAGGACCCCUGAAGCAGCGGCUGGCGCAGCUGAUGGCCCCGGCGGAGGACCUGCCGCAGCCGAGGAGGUGCGCGGCAGCGCCGGGCGCACCGCAGCGCCAGGGCUGGGCGCCUCCGCUCCAAGAGGUGGUCAGCGUCACGGAGAGAGAAACCCACUUCUGAGGCACUGGGGACGUCUCCUCCAUUCCCUGGACCGAUCUGCUCUCUUCUUCCCAAAGUGAUUUCUCUUCUCCUGGGCUCUUCCCCUCUCCGCUUCGCGUCGGAGGCAGAAGCGCCUGGGAUAUCCUCUCCUUCCAGCUGCACCCACCGCGGGCAGCGUUUCCUUGAACGCCCUGGGGAGUUCUAGAACCACAGAAUGUCAGGGGCUGGAUGGGACCCCCAGAGCUCAUCCAGUCCGACUCCCCUGCCGGAGCAGGGUCACCUAUACACGACCACACAGGACCGCGUCCAGGCGGGUCUGGACUGUCUCCAGGGAGGGGACAACUCCUCCCUGCCAGCAGAUGGGGAGAGAGCAAUACACUUUCGUCAGAGGUGCCCUCCAGGUCUGACUGUGAUGGGGGAGAGAAAAAACAGUGUAUUGCCAAAACAAGCCAGCCCAACCAACAACAACAAAAGGAGGAGAGCCAAAAGCUGUCAUGCUGGGAGGAUGAAGGGAAACCACAGUGGUGAGAGAGAGGAGAGAGUAGAGGCAUGCAGGGGCAGAGUUAGGGAUGCAGAGGCACUAAAUAAGGGGAUAUUAGCACAAGGGGGUGAGUAAGCUGGUUCAGAAGUACAUAAGAAGCUGGAGGAUGACAAAGGAAAGGGCAUUGCCAGGUUACCUUUGUAGAAGGGAGAUGGAGCCAGGAACUUAUCUGUGGCUGUGAUAAAAGGAGGCUGCAGUGGAGCCACAGGUUCCAUUGCCACUGAAAAGGAAGAGAGUGCCAAGGUGUUUGGGUCAGUCAUGGCUUGAUGAUGGCUCUCAAGGCAUUCUUAGGAGGGAAAAGGGGUGAGGAGUAACUAUGCAGGGGACUUGCUUUUGGUCAAAGCCACACAGCCCAGUGAAAACCCCUCUGAGACUGAAAGGGCUGAAUAUUUGACAGUCUUUUAAGGUCCAUAGCAUGCAGGGAAAGUCCCAGAGCAGCUGGUGGGGAACAGAGGAACUGCAGCACAACAGGGAGAAAUGAGUCCCCGGGGACUGCAUGCCCACAACUGUAGCUGCACUGCUGGGGCACUCUGUAGAGGAAUUAAUGGAAGAGUUGAUGGGCCUGAUCCUGUGCUGCGGAGUAGCAGUGGGGUGAGAGCGGGAGAGGGACUGUGCUCCCCCAGCUUUGCUGCAGACCACUGCUCAGGGGAUGAGCAAGACAUAAUUUGGUGCAAUAAUCACAAGCUCAGGCGAGAUAAACUGGGACAGGAAUAGCUAAGAUGGGUUCAUUGAAAGCAGAUGGUGUUGAAUUAAAGGUCUCUCCGUGCCAGACUAGGCAUGAAGGUGAGGCAGCGGCUUGGAGGGAUCGCACUUGGACCUGGCUUUUAGUGCAGAGCCACGCAGCUCUCUCCUGUGGAGACUAGGGCUGUAAAACUCCCUGCCAGAAGCUGCUUGAAUGCCUAUCAUAUUUUCACAGUCAAAACCACAGCAGAAGACAGUAGGAGAGUCCCUGCAGCAGCUUCCCUGUGGUUGAAGGCACAUGGCUGUGUUACAAAUAACAGUGCCUCAAACCAGGACGGUGAAAGACCAUUAAAAAGACUCAGAAAUGCCACAGGCUCCUUCCCCUUGUUUCUUGUUCCCAGUAAUUGCUUUUCCCUGUGCUUUGUGGAGAUAAACCACUGGCACUGAGAGCAAGCAGGAGGAAAUCUGUGCAGUGUGCUGCUACCUGUUCCAAUUGCUAUGGGAACCUUAUCUGCUGCGGCUGCCUCUGAGUUUAACAGGGGGAAUUAGCGCAGGGCAAUCUUUCCCCCGUUCAAUUUCCUUGCCUUUAAAAACUAAAAGUUGCUCAUGAAAUAAACACUGGAAGUCAAGUGUCAAAA